ACCAUGAUUAACUUGUUCAAAGUAAAAGAAAAACAGAAAGAAGCAGCUGAAAAUGCAGGAUCAAAACCACCAAUUAAGGAGCAAACACCCUCAGAAUUACGUGUCCAAAGAGAUAUUAGUGAAUUAACCUUACCACCAAUUUGUACCAUUGAAUUCCCAAAUGGAAAAGAUGAUCUCAUGAAUUUUGAAGUCAUAAUUAAACCUGAUGAAGGUUAUUAUAGUGACGGUAAAUUCCCAUUUACACUCCAAAUUCCAAAUCUUUAUCCACAUGAUGCACCAAAAGUUAAGUGCAAAGUGAAAGUUUAUCACCCAAAUAUUGACACGGAAGGAAAUGUUUGUCUUAAUAUUCUUAGGGAAGAUUGGAAACCUGUAUUGAAUAUUAAUGCAGUGAUUUAUGGUUUGGUUCAUUUGUUUACUGAACCAAAUUAUGAAGAUCCACUAAAUCAUGAAGCAGCUGAGGAGUUGAGAGAUAAUCCAAAAGUGUUCAAGUCACACGUUGAGAACGCGAUGUGGGGAGAAUGUGUGCAUGGCAUUUAUUUCGAUCGUGUGCUCAAAGAUUUUAAUCGUUGGUAAAAACAAGAACAAGAGGAUGGAUUAAUUUUUCGCUUUUUAUGUUGGAAAAAAAAAACAUUUUUUCGUUGGACUAAUCGAGAUAUAGUCAUGGACUUCUUUUUGGGCUGAUAUACAAGUGGUAGUAACUAUAUAUAUAUAUAUAGUAGAAAACUUGUAUUAUGGAAGAAUAUUAUAUUUACCAUGUUCUAGUCUUAUAGAAGUGUUUCAAUUCUAAAAAAAAAAAAAUCUCAUAUUCAUCCCUUUUUCUAUAUUAUUAUUGUUUGGUCUUUUCCCUCUUUUUAUUUCAUUAAAAUGGUGUAAGAAUUAAAAUUGGGUAGCUUACAUUUUCAAGUGAAAUUGUUUUUAACUUUAUGAUGUACUGAAAUUUACACAAUGACAAGCGAUGUGUCAUAAUUUGACGCCAAAAAUUUGACCU